ACUUCAAAACUCCGAUCUCAAACUAGCAUCAGCAGCACGCAGCGAGCGGUAGAGAAAUGAGGAAGUGGGCGCUUCCUUCUGUUCUUCUCCUUUUGAUUCUGCUCUCAACUCUCCCCGAUCAAGGUCGAAAGAUCCAAGCGAAUGCUGAGGAGAGCGAUGGAGAUGAUCUCGUUGAUCCGCCGAAGAUUGAGGAGAAGAUCGGAGCUGUUCCUCAUGGAUUGUCCACUGAUUCUGAUGUCGCGAAGAGAGAGACGGAGUCAAUCUCAAGGAAGUCUCUAAGGAACAAUGCAGAGAAGUUUGAAUUCCAGGCUGAGGUUUCUCGACUGAUGGAUAUAAUUAUCAACUCUCUCUAUAGCAACAAAGAUAUUUUCUUGAGAGAGCUUAUCUCUAAUGCCUCAGAUGCAUUGGAUAAGAUCAGAUUUCUUUCUCUCACCGACAAGGAGAUAUUGGGGGAAGGCGAUAAUGCAAAGCUUGAGAUAAUGAUUAAGCUAGACAAGGAAAAUAAGGUCCUUUCUAUCCGGGACCGAGGCAUUGGGAUGACAAAGGAGGAUUUGAUUAAGAAUUUGGGAACCAUUGCCAAGUCUGGAACUUCAGCUUUUGUGGAGAAAAUGCAGACAGGAGGCGAUCUUAAUCUUAUUGGUCAAUUUGGUGUGGGGUUCUACUCAGUCUAUCUAGUUGCUGACUAUGUUGAAGUCAUAAGUAAACACAAUGAUGACAAACAAUAUGUUUGGGAGUCUAAGGCUGAUGGGGCCUUUGCAAUUUCCGAGGAUACAUGGAAUGAACCACUAGGGCGUGGAACAGAGAUCCGUCUCCAUCUCCGAGAUGAAGCCAAGGAGUAUUUGGAUGAAUUCAAGUUGAAGGACUUGGUGAAGAAGUAUUCUGAGUUUAUCAACUUCCCCAUAUAUCUAUGGGCAAGCAAAGAGGUCGAUGUUGAAGUUCCGACUGAUGAAGAAUCCAGCGAUGAAGAGGAAACAAGUGAAGCUACUACAUCCGAAGAAGAAGAAGAGGUAGAAGAAGAUGGUGAGAAAAAGAAAAAAACAAAGACGGUGAAGGAAACAACUUAUGAAUGGGAGGUCUUGAAUGAUGUGAAGGCUAUAUGGCUUCGCAGUCCUAAGGAGGUUACUGACGAAGAAUACACGAAAUUCUAUCACUCCAUUGCUAAGGAUUUUAGCGAGGAAAAGCCUUUAGCUUGGAGCCACUUUACUGCUGAAGGUGAUGUAGAGUUCAAGGCGGUGCUUUUUGUGCCACCAAAGGCUCCUCAUGAUUUAUAUGAGAGUUACUACAACAGCAAUAAAUCCAACCUGAAGUUGUAUGUUAGACGAGUCUUUAUCUCAGAUGAAUUCGAUGAACUUCUUCCUAAAUAUCUGAGCUUUUUGAUGGGUCUUGUUGACUCAGACACAUUGCCACUUAAUGUAUCUCGAGAAAUGCUUCAGCAGCACAACAGCCUAAAGACAAUCAAGAAAAAACUAAUUCGCAAGGCCCUUGAUAUGAUACGCAAGAUUGCUGAUGAGGAUCCUGAUGAGGAUCCUGAUGAGUCUAGCGACAAAGAUAAGACAGAUUCAGUGAGCGAGAAUGAUGAAAAGAAGGGAUCAUAUGCCAAGUUCUGGAACGAGUUUGGGAAAUCCAUUAAGCUUGGAAUCAUUGAGGAUGCACAAAAUAGAAAUCGUCUGGCUAAGCUUCUCAGAUUUGAAAGUUCCAAAUCUGAAGGCAAGCUUACCUCACUUGACCAGUACAUCUCUAGAAUGAAGCCAGGGCAAAAGGACAUUUUCUACCUUACAGGAACUAGCAAAGAACAGCUGGAGAAAUCUCCAUUCCUUGAGAAGCUUACAAAGAAGAAUUAUGAGGUCAUUUUCUUCACGGAUCCAGUUGAUGAAUACUUGAUGCAAUACCUAAUGGACUACGAAGAUAAAAAGUUCCAAAACGUGUCAAAGGAAGGUCUCAACCUUGGGAAAGAUUCAAAGAUUAAGGACCUUAAGGAGUCAUUUAAGGAGCUAACCAAAUGGUGGAAAGAUGCUCUUUCUGCUGAGAAUGUUGAUUCUGUAAAGAUAAGCAACCGUUUGGACAACACCCCCUGUGUUGUGGUCACUUCAAAAUAUGGAUGGAGUGCAAACAUGGAGAAGAUUAUGCAGUCUCAAACUCUUUCUGAUGCAAGCAAGCAAGCAUACAUGCGUGGCAAGAGAGUGCUUGAGAUCAACCCUAGACAUCCCAUUGUUAAGGAACUCCAAGAGAGAGUUGCAGCAAAUCCUGAGGAUGAAAGCAUUAAGCAAACAGCUAGACUAAUGUACCAAACAGCGCUUAUGGAGAGUGGUUUUAUGCUCAGCGAUCCAAAAGAUUUUGCCACGCGGAUCUAUUCUUCGGUAAAGGCAAGUCUAGAUAUUAGUCAAGAUGCAGCAGUUGAAGAGGAGGAUGAAACAGAAGAGCCAGAGGCUGAGGAAAAGGAACCAGCUUCAACUAAGGAAACUGAUGAGGACACUAUUAAAGAAGAGACACAGGAGGAUACUCACUUCAAGGACGAGUUAUAAUUUAGUACCACUCAUUUUCUAGGAGAUUUUGAUAUGACCCUUCUAUGAUAUGGCUACCCCUUGAAACUGAACAAAAGAAGAUUUUAUCAUUUGCUGUGCUGUAAUUUAGCGGUAACCAGCUCUAGAUUAAUGUUUCGUAUGGAAUUUGAGCGAUGAAUAUUGUGGGUGAUGAAAUCACUCUUCAAUAGUAUAACUGGCUUCAUUUGAUGUUUUAUGUGCUUCUCUUCACCAACAAGAUGAUGAUUUUUUAGGUCAUCUUUGUAAGGAAUUCGCACCAAAUCUUACGUAUAUUUGAAGGAUAGUUUCAUGCUUUUUGACU